CGACUUUGUUAUGGCCAUUUUGUUCUGAGCGGCUGUCGAGUAGAACAUCAGGUAUGAGACCCUGGUAGGGACUACAGUGAAUGCUGAUCGCGCUCAGGCAUAUUAGCCGCUAGUGAUUGGCCGUUCUUACCGAGGACAAAAGAAGGACCAACUCUUCGACAGUUGAAAACUUCGUCAGUAAACAACAGUCUCCAGGAAAACAUAGUUCGGAUGUAAGACUGCAUUAUCUCGCGCCAAGAUGUGGUUUUCAGUUCCAUCUGAACGCUGAAUGAAAGAGGAUCGUAACUUCACACGAAUUUUCAUCCGUCGGCGAGUCAGCAGUUGAAUUUCAGACUGAGUGAUGGAUAUAUUUCUAUUUAUGACGUCUGCAGUGCCUGUUGGAAGGUUAUUUACCAAAGUUGGUCAGAUCAUAAAGCACCCCUAACAGUUACUUACAGUCUUCAAAUGGCGUCCUUACACGAGGAGCCAUUGGAUACAAAUACACACAUCGUCGAUAUCAAUGCUUCCGAUUCAUCUUAUCCUUUAACCGAACAUAUCCAUAUAUAACCUGAUAUAAAUAUCAUUCAGAUAUGGACUGUGACCUCUAAACCCAAUCGCCAUCAUGCGUUUAAUGUGUCUUUGUCGUCGAAGAAAUAUCCCGUUUUUCUUCAUUUUAACAAUUGUUAUUGUCCCUAAUUAAUGUGUAUAGGAAUAGGUUCUAUGGCAAUGACAACUUACCAAAAAUUAAACAGGUACCUUAUCCUCUAGUUACCAUCAGUUCUGACAUCGGCGAUCCAGAACUAACUACGUCAUAUUCAACUCGCGCGACGUUUCCGUCAUAUAUUCAAAUGCAUCCCCCGGUUCCUAAUAACCAUCCUGUGGUAGUGAAGGAGCUUCCAUUUCAAAAAUUUCAGUAUCCUUUAGAAAUCAACAUGAAGGAAUUAGUGAAAAACAUUACCAAGAAUGGAGCCAGCGACAUCGCGCCUUUAAAUGUAUAUCCAUAUUCCUACUUGAUAUCUUCGGAAUCUUUAUGUAAACCAAUUGAAAAAGUAUUCCUGUUGUUUAUUAUAAAAUCUGCAGCUGAGAAUUUUGAUCAAAGACAAGCUAUCCGUGAAACGUGGGCCAAGCAGGCUUAUUUUCAAAAGGAUGUAAUACGCCAUGCCUUCUUGCUUGCAAGGUCAAGGAAUAAAACCACAAAUGACCUUAUUUUUAUGGAAAAUUGGAUGCAUAAGGAUAUUGUUAAGAUGUCCUUUAUUGAUGGCUACUUCAACAAUACGUAUAAAACUACUGGCGGCAUCAACUGGUCUGUUAAAUAUUGUCCCACAUCUAGGUUUGUGAUGUUAGUCGAUGAUGAUGUUUACGUUUCGACUUAUAAUCUUUUAGAAUACCUUCAUACUGUACCUGAGAAUAUUUCUGACUCUUUCUUCGCGGGAGCCAUCUCGUCUGACGUUCCACAGAGGGGAAUACACCAGAAAUGGUAUAUGCCUGUGAAAGAAUACCCUUUCAAACGUUAUCCGCCUUUCCUCAGUGCUGGGUCUGUGAUAAUGACUAUGGACUAUGUUAAAAGACUCCAGAUUGCUAUGCAAUUUACUAAAAGUUUUAAAUUCGAUGAUGUCUUCCUAGGAAUCGUGGCUUAUAAACUUGGUGUUAAACCUAUACACGUCCCGAGAAUUAAAAUGAUUAAGUUUAUAUCCUACAGGAAUCACACAUUUAAAAUAAUCCUAGCCGCCCAUGGGUAUGGAACUCCCAACGAGUUGAGGACAGCAUGGUACCACAAUUUAAGGACAAAACUGACAAAUGAUGAAACUAUUCUACAACGGUCCACACUGGACCCUGAACAUAACGAACCGUUGUUGAAAUAUAACGUUAAAACAAGUUAAAAACAACUGAAAAAAUGCGUUUGAUUCAAUAAAUGAUCAAAUCAUUUAGAUAAUUUAUUGAUUGAUCAUUGAUUAAUAAUUUAAUUUUGCUUGUAACAAGCAUUUUCAUUGGCUCAAAAAAUUAUGUUAUCAUCUC